AUUAGCCGUCGCUCCGCUUCGCCAUCUCGGGCUUUGUCUGGCGACUCACUGCCCCGGAGUCAGCUGCGGCGGAGCUACGGCUCGGCUUUUCGGCCCGCCGCACCCCUAGGUGCCCCUGGCCCGCGCUCCCAUUCACACGCUGGGGUGAGUUGGCUUUGAACCUGGGUUGUCCGGCCAGCACAACCGAAGAGGUGGCUGGACGGCUGGAGAAUGAACGGAGAAGCCGACUGCCCCACAGACCUGGAAAUGGCCGCCCCCAAAGGCCAAGACCGCUGGUCCCAGGAAGACAUGCUGACUUUGCUAGAAUGCAUGAAGAACAACCUUCCAUCCAAUGACAGCUCCAAGUUUAAAACCACUGAGUCACAUAUGGACUGGGAAAAAGUAGCAUUCAAAGACUUCUCUGGAGACAUGUGCAAACUCAAAUGGGUGGAGAUUUCUAACGAGGUAAGGAAGUUCCGUACGUUGACAGAAUUGAUCCUCGAUGCUCAGGAACAUGUUAAAAAUCCUUACAAAGGCAAAAAACUCAAGAAACACCCGGACUUCCCAAAGAAGCCCCUGACCCCUUAUUUCCGCUUCUUCAUGGAGAAGCGAGCCAAGUAUGCGAAACUUCACCCUGAGAUGAGCAACCUGGACCUGACCAAGAUUCUGUCCAAGAAAUACAAGGAGCUGCCGGAGAAGAAGAAGAUGAAAUAUAUUCAGGACUUCCAGAGGGAGAAACAGGAGUUCGAGAGAAACCUGGCCCGAUUCAGAGAGGAUCACCCUGACCUAAUCCAGAAUGCCAAGAAGUCGGACAUCCCUGAGAAGCCCAAAACCCCCCAGCAGCUGUGGUACACCCACGAGAAGAAGGUGUAUCUCAAAGUGCGGCCAGAUGAGAUUAUGCGUGACUAUAUCCAGAAGCACCCCGAGCUGAACAUCAGUGAGGAGGGUAUCACCAAAUCCACCCUCACCAAGGCCGAACGCCAGCUCAAGGACAAGUUUGAUGGGCGACCCACCAAGCCACCUCCGAACAGCUACUCGCUGUACUGCGCAGAGCUGAUGGCCAACAUGAAGGAUGUGCCCAGCACAGAGCGCAUGGUGCUAUGCAGCCAGCAGUGGAAGCUGCUCUCCCAGAAGGAGAAGGAUGCCUACCACAAGAAGUGCGACCAGAAAAAGAAAGACUAUGAGGUGGAACUGCUCCGUUUUCUAGAGAGCCUGCCUGAGGAGGAGCAGCAGCGGGUCUUGGGGGAGGAGAAGAUGUUGAACAUCAACAAGAAGCAAGCCACCAGCCCAGCCUCCAAGAAGCCCUCCCAGGAAGGGGGCAAGGGCGGCUCAGAGAAGCCCAAAAGACCUGUGUCGGCCAUGUUCAUCUUCUCUGAGGAGAAGCGGCGGCAGCUGCAAGAAGAACGGCCAGAGCUCUCAGAGAGCGAGCUGACCCGCCUGCUGGCCCGCAUGUGGAACGACUUAUCAGAGAAGAAGAAGGCCAAGUACAAGGCCCGUGAGGCAGCGCUGAAGGCACAGUCGGAGAGGAAGCCAGGCGCUGAGCGCGAGGAACGGGGCAAGCUGCCUGAGUCACCCAAGAGAGCGGAGGAAAUCUGGCAACAGAGCGUCAUUGGCGACUACCUGGCUCGCUUUAAGAAUGACCGGGUGAAGGCAUUGAAAGCCAUGGAGAUGACCUGGAAUAACAUGGAGAAGAAGGAGAAACUUAUGUGGAUUAAGAAGGCGGCUGAAGACCAAAAGCGAUACGAGAGAGAGCUGAGUGAGAUGCGGGCACCCCCAGCUGCUGCAAACUCAUCCAAGAAGAUGAAGUUCCAGGGAGAGCCCAAGAAGCCUCCCAUGAACGGUUACCAGAAGUUCUCCCAGGAGCUGCUGUCCAAUGGGGAGCUGAAUCACCUGCCGCUGAAGGAGCGCAUGGUAGAGAUUGGCAGCCGCUGGCAGCGCAUCUCCCAGAGCCAGAAGGAGCACUACAAAAAGCUGGCCGAGGAGCAGCAGAAGCAGUACAAAGUGCACCUAGACCUCUGGGUCAAGAGUCUGUCUCCCCAGGACCGCGCAGCAUAUAAAGAAUACAUCUCCAAUAAACGAAAGAGCAUGACUAAGCUGCGAGGCCCAAACCCCAAGUCCAGCCGGACUACCCUGCAGUCCAAGUCGGAGUCUGAAGAAGAUGAUGAUGAAGAUGAGGAUGACGAGGAUGAAGAUGAAGAGGAAGAAGAUGAUGAGAAUGGAGACUCCUCUGAGGAUGGUGGGGACUCCUCCGAGUCCAGCAGCGAGGAUGAGAGCGAGGACGGGGAUGAGAAUGAGGAAGAUGAUGAGGAUGAGGAUGAGGACGAGGACGAGGAUGAGGAUGAAGACAAUGAGUCCGAGGGCAGCAGCUCCAGCUCUUCCUCCUCAGGGGACUCCUCGGACUCGGACUCCAACUGAGGCUUGGCCCCACUUGGGGCUCCCCUCCCCACUGACCGCUUUUGUUUUUCCCCCUUGUUCUUCUGUCCCCUGCCCCCAGCCUCCCCCAAUUUCUUUCUUUCUUUCUUUUUUUUAAACAAAAUACGGUGGGGGGGAGGGGCUGGAGGCGCCCAAACCAGGACUCUGCAGCCUCAGAGACGUCAGCCCUGGGGGGGCCCUCCAGGAAGCGCAACCAUCAGACUGAGCCACCACUGGACCGGCCCAGCCCACCCCUCUGCACUUGUGGUUCCGGCAUGGACAAUGGACCUGGGAGUGGGGUGGGGGGUCCCAAAGAGUUCAGUGAGGCCCUCUAUACCUGCAUCCCCAACCCAAGGGAGGGUGGAAGCUUGGGGAAGACCCCUCCCUUCCCAGAGGGGCUUGCUGCCUGGACCCCUACAUUGGAACUGGAGGCAGGGAACGUGGGGAGAGGAGGGUGGGUGCCUAUGAGAAAAUAGGCACUGCCUCAUAGCCUUCUCCCCUGCCCCCUGCAGGAAGGAGCUGCCUGGACCCACUCAUGGGGGGAGGGGGCAGAAGUGUUUUUUAUAUAUGUGUAUAUAUUUUUUUUUAAGCUCUGAGCUGUCAACGAGACGUUUCCUACCGAUCUCGGCUGCCGUCUCUGUUGUCAUUUCUGGGAGAGGGAGGGUUUAGGGGUAGGUUUGGGACUUUUUUAAAACCUGAUAUGUAUGGGAAAGUGUGUGUGUGUGUGUGUGUGUGUGUGUGUCCCCUGUACAUAGCAUGGGUGCACCUGUGGAUGUGUGCAAAGGUGUGUGUGUGUGUGUAUGUGUGUGUGUGUGUGAGAAGGGGGAGCCCACAUCAGUCUGAAUCUGGUAAAAGGGUUGGUGAGGGCCAGGGAGACAGUGAUCCUAGUGGGAACAGGCUGGGGUGGCCCCUUUCUCCACAUCCUGUGCUUUGCCUAACCUCUGAUUCAAUUUUGGGGAGUGUACUGAAGCCACUCUGAUGCUUCCUAUACCGGCUUCCCACUACCAGGGCCAUGUGACUGACUUGCUGCUGGUCUCCAAUAUCCAGCAGGACAGUGGGGAGUGGGACAGACUGGGUGAACCUUAAAGCUUUUAUUUGGUGGGAAAGGCCUCCCCAUCUUAUCUGAGGAGUUGCCUGACCACCCUAGACUCAGAACUUGGGCUUCAAGAGAUGUGUUGCAAGCUCUUACCAUCCCUCCUGCCUUUCCCUCGUAUCCUCUAGCUCCCCUUCUCCAUUUCCUUUGAUUUCUCAGGUCUGCUCCCUUCCUGCAUCCCGCCCCCCCCAAACCCACAACUGGGGAAGAGGUCUGCAAAAGCUGCUUUUGCAGCUGUCCCUCUCACCCUUCCCAACCAUCCCCAAAUUUUUGGUAUCCUGAUUCCUAGACAAUAAGCCAAGCCACCUUGUCUCAGUUUUUUUGUUUUUGAUUUUUUUUUUUUUUUUGCAAUCAUGUCAUUGACCUAUUGGGGCUCUGUGCUUUUCUACCUUCGCCCUCUGAACGAAAGCCAAGGGAUGGGGGAAGAGGGGGAACUACACCUAGGAGAUGGGGUGGGAAGGGUGGGUCCCACUCCCAAAGGAAGACAGACAAUUUGCUUCACGUUGGAUGUGGUGCUGGGGGUGGGGAGAGCUCAGGAGGGACACUCUCCACUCCUAAUCCCCUUUGUCCUAAUCCUGGAAAUGAGGCACAAGGGUUCAUAUGUUCUAUUCCUGAGAACCCCUGCAAAGAACCCCAUUCCCUGUUCGAACGCGCCCUAUGCUGUUGUUAGUGGAAUGUAUUUUCAUUUAAAAACAACUUUGAAUGGGGCGCCUUUUUUCCUGUUUUAAAAAUUGAAAAAUUCUUACAGUACAAACAGGGCUGUGGGGGUGGGGGUGUUGGUGCUGUAAGAGGUCACUCUGAGUGCAUUUUGGCACUGGGAUGGGAUGGCUGGGGUGGGAGGAUCCCUGCUUCCCCCCCCCCUUUUUUUUCUAAUAUUUAAGGAGUGUUUUUGUAGGUUUCAACAACAACCACAACUUGAAUUUGUAUCAUGGGAGGUGGGAGGGAGUGGCUUAGAGGGGUCUGCCUAAGCUCAAAGCCAACUGUGGAAGUUUUGUUUUCCCUUUUUUUGUACAAUAAAGUGAAAAACAAAGGUUUGA